AGAGCUGAGCCACAAGGGGGGAGAGAAUGCAAGAUGAUUUGUGGGCAGCACUGACGUGUGAAUGCAGCCUCUUCUGAUACUAAGUACACUGUGCGGCGAGUCUGCAUGUUUCUUCUUUAUAACAGCUCACGCAUGAGAGUGCAUUCUCCUAAUGCUAUCCUACAAUGCUUGCCGUAGAGGAUAGACAUUCGCAAGCCAGAUGCUUCUGCCAUUCAGGGGCUCUUCCCUGAUGCCACUCCCUUUUUCAAUAAAGGAUGCUGAGGUUUGAGGCUUCCUGCUUCCUACCAUACAGUCUCAUGCACAGAGCACCUUAUGGACCUACCAACUGAGGGUGAGAAAUUGCAGCACUACACCCGUCAGAGACCGAGGCCAAAGCGGUCCAGCUGUCACCCUUACAGGAAACCUCAUGUGCAGACUCCAGAACAGGAAAAAACAGAGGUCAAUGAAAAAGAAGUGUCCACAAAAUUGGAUGAAGGAUUGGAUGAAUUUUUCAACAAGAAACUUAUACAAGACUAUCAUGAAUGUCCACUGCAAGUUUCUUCAGAACCCUCUUCCCUUUCAUCGUCUGGGUCAAGGACCUUUAAAAAGAAAAUAGGAGAUUUUUUUGCAUUAAGAAAACCAAGAAAUUCCAAGGGGCAUAAGCCUGAAAAGGAGCAAGAUGGGAGUCCAGUAACUGAAAAAGGCAGAAAACCUACUUUAUCAGAUAUAUUAAGACCAGCAAACAAAAGUGGUGAGACUAAUAAAGAGAAACCAGAAGAUGCCCCAUCAGCAGAGUUGGGAUCAGUGGUGGAUCCUGCAUGGACACCUGAUGCUUCAAGAAAGAUUAAACCAAGAUGUUCCAGAGAAGGAAAAUCCCAAUCACUGAUCCUUCUCUCUGAAGACGAGGAGCCAUUUAGAAUAAAACAAGAAAAGAAAAGGCAUUGUGAGAAGAUGGAUGGGGAAGCCUGCCACACAUUUGAACACAGAGUUCAGAGCAUGUUACAUCGUAUUGGUGUGACACGAGUCUUAUCAUCAGAAAUCAAGAAGAAACAGAACAAAGAUGGUGACAUCAAAAAGGCUGGUUCAGAAGGAGACAUUGUGGAUAGUUCUGCUGAAUCCCCGCCACCAAGCCUGAAAGCAAGAACACACUCAAUGUCGACAGCAGAAAGAUCCACACCAAAAUCUGAAAUGGUCAGGAAUCCAGCAGACCAGAGCAUGAUUUGGAAAGACAUUGGAAAACAGUUCAAGGCAGAGCUUAAGGGAAGAUGCACACUAGUCCAUGCCUCACCAAGAAGAUCUCUUGUCAUUUUGGAACACAGAGAAAUAGCUGUAGAGAAGAAAUCAGAGGACUCUUGGAGUCUCCCAGGCCUAGAAAGAAACUCUCCUGCUCCUUCUCCCAGUAGAAUCAUUCAUUUGGAGAAUACUUCUGAUGUAAAUGAGAUUGUAUCAGAAGAAAUUGGCAGUGAAGAAAUCAUGGCCAAACCUAGGCUUCGUCUCAAGCAGUUUCAAAAUAGAAGAGCCAUCUCAGCUCACGAAGAACAAUUCAGGGACCAGGGGUAUAUGUCUGAAUUGAAAAAUGCGGGCUUCUAUGGAGGCAAACUUGAUGACCGCUCAUUCCAAAAUGACAUUGAAACUGAGACGAGUGGCGAAAAAAAGAUUGUGGCACCUCUGACCAUGAAAAAUGAAGGAAAUACCCCACAUACUACUGUAGAGACUACAUCAAGCACAGAAAUAGAUAGAGGACCUGAGAUCCCAUCAAACCACCAAAAUAUCGAAAAUGUUUAACAGUGACUGAAUACAUCUUCGGCUCCUCUUUAUAGCUAAUGUCUGGGAAAAAGGAUCUCUGGCGUUAAGACCUAAUUACAACAAUAAGCAUUGGUUUCACUGUAAAGACAGAUUAUCUUUAGUGAAUCAUUUCAAAUGUGCAGCCUUGUUAAACCGAGCUGAAAGGGUUCCUAUGAAUGCUGAAAAAGUAAGUAUGUAAUGUUAUAAAUCUACUACAUGGUGCACUGGCAAAGUCUGCCCAAGUCAAAUAACCAAUAGUAACAAAUAAGAUAUUCAAUAUUCUAGGGGACUUUGGGUUACCAAACCAGAGCAACUAAUGUAACAUAGCCAGCCUAAUAGUUUUUAUAUUGAUGUGCACCUACAUGAGACUGCAUUCUCAGAUGAAGUAUUUUUGAUUUGGGAAUGUACACUAUUACUGUUCAAUAAGUUGUUAACCAAAAAUUGCAUGCAUAUGAAAGUUUCAAGAUCCUCGUUUGUUUCCAGAGCUGCAACCCUGUCAGUGCAUUUGCUCAAGCAUCCUACAAUCCAGCUAGAAAACUAUUUAUGUUUAUACUAUGUGAUCACUGCAAGGAAGUCCUCUGCCCAAAAGAAGCCUUUAUUGGAUUAUUGGUGUAACGUUUUGUACCAGAUACAGAACCUAAUAAAACAAACAUGUAAGCUCUACAGAACAUUGUUUAUUUAUACAGCUAUAAUACAUUAUUAUAAUAGUAGUGCAAUAUAAGGAAAAUGUUAAUUUCAAGAAGAAAUUCCACUUGAUUUGAGUGGAGUUUACAUCUCUGGCUUUGUUAAUUACAUCUACAUAAUUUGUAAAUAAAAUACAUUUAUAGUUAUA